AUGGCUUCAAACAAACCCGCACAAUGUUGCACCCAAGGUAUUAAGCACGAAGGUACACCAACGGGAUCUUCAAUCAAAAUUACUGAUACUAUCGAUGCAUACAUUGCUGAGCCUAAGGAAAAGGUCCACAAAGAUACUGCCAUUCUUUACUUUCCAGAUGUUAUUGGCAUCUGGAAAAACUCUCAAUUGAUGGCCGAUCAAUUCGCUGCCAAUGGUUACUAUACCGUCAUCCCAGAUAUGUUCAACGGCGACCCAGUCUCUCUUAACCCUCCCGAAGGUUUUGACAUCAUGCAAUGGAUAAAUAAGGGUUCGGAUGGGAAUAACCCACAUACACCCCCAUAUAUUGAUCCUGUCAUUGAGAAAUCCAUUGAAUUUCUGAAGUCUAAGGGAUAUACUAAAAUCGGAGCUGCGGGAUACUGCUUUGGUGCUAAAUAUGUUAUUAAAUUUUUGGCUGAGGGCAAGGGUGUUGAUGUUGGAUAUGUUGCUCAUCCUUCUUUCGUCGAGGAGCACGAACUCAGCGCCAUAAAAGGGCCCCUUUCCAUCGCAGCCGCCGAAACCGAUGCAAUUUUCCCACCUGAGAAUCGCCACAAGACAGAAGUAAUUCUCAAGGAAAUGGGGGCUACAUAUCAAAUGAGCCUAUACGGUGGUACUUCGCAUGGUUUCGCCGUUAGAGGUGAUAUAAGUAAGGCGGUUCUGAAGUUUGCUAAGGAACAGGCUUUUUUGCAGGCUGUUGCUUGGUUUGAUGAACAUUUGCUUUAG